AAGUCGGUAAGCGAUUAAGAACGACAUACUGCUUAUUGAGUAAGAAUUUUUAACGACAUCAUGAACUCAAAGAUAUUGAUUGUGGGUUCCGGAGCAGCUGGCAUUGCCGCGGCAACUCGACUAUUCCGUAAGGGAUUUCGAAACUUGGAGAUCUUGGAAGCAAACAAUCGGAUUGGUGGACGUGUUCAUACCGUUCCGUUUGGAGCAACCGUGGUUGACUUGGGAGGUCAGUGGUGUCAUGGGGAGAAGAACAACGUCGUGUACGAAAUGGCUGGUCCGUUGGGAUUGCUGGAACCAUCCGUUGUGGCUGCGGGGAAUGUGAUAAUCCGAAGCAAUGGUGAGUUGGUUCCGCAGGAACUUACUGAUCGGUUGAUGGAGGUAGCUUUUGGGAUUAUGGAGUUGGAAGAAAUUAAAACGUACCAGGGAACGCUUGGGAAGUUUGUAACGGACCGGUUUAGGGAAGCGAUGGCCGAGGCGAAUAACCAGGACAUUGACGAAGAAUUGAUCCAGCAGUUCCUGGUGUUCUUCCAUAACUACCAGCGUGGCUACAUUGCGAUGGACUCUUGGAAUGAAAUGUCUGCAGCUGGAAGUGUUGUAGAUGAGGAAUGUGAUGGCGAUCAAACCCUUAGUUGGAAAGGAAAGGGAUACAAGAGCAUACUGGCGUUACUUAUGAACAGUCAUCCGGUUCAAACUGGUGAACCAAUUCCGAUACAAGAUUUUAUCAAAUUCAACAAAUUUGUCACCAACAUCAACUGGAGUAACGGACCAGACGGACCUCCCAUAACCGUAACUUGUGCUGACGAAUCGCAGCACGAAGCCACGCACAUAGUUGUAACAACAUCUAUUGGUGUUCUCAAGGAAAAUCACGACUCCAUGUUUAGUCCACCGUUGCCGUCCUCCAAACAAAAUGCCAUCAAGGGAAUCCAUUUUGGAACAGUGAACAAAAUCAUCAUGGAGUUCACAACGCCAUUUUGGGAUGACAUCGGUAACACUUUUGGCUUGUUGUGGAAUGCUCAGGAACUGGAGCAACUGCGAGGUUCCCCAUUGGCUUGGACGGAGGGCGUGUCCGUGUUCUUCAAGGUGGAUCACCAACCAAAUCUUCUGGUUGCAUGGAUUAUCGGUCCAGAAGGUCGUCAAGCUGAACUGCUGUCCGAUGAUCAGGUUAUUGAUGGAAUGAUGUUUUUACUGAAGAAGUUCUUCAAGAAUAAAACUAUUGAAAGGCCCAUCAACAUGAUCAGAUCAAAAUGGUCCAGCGACAAACAUUUUCGGGGAUCCUACUCCAGCGUUUCAUUGGCCACUGAGGCGCUAAAGACGGGCCAUAACGAGCUGGCCGCACCGGUAUUGGCAGAAUCAACCGGAAUGCCAGUGCUUCUUUUUGCCGGUGAAGCCACCAAUGGAGAACACUUUGGAACGGUCCACGGAGCGAUCGAAAGUGGGUGGCGUGAAGCUGACCGGAUCAUUAAAUACUACAGGGAUCAAGGAUGUUGUGAAGCUCUGUAAUAAUUGAUUUUUGUAACAUUUAAUGAUUAUAAAAUGUAAAGCAUCAAUUUCGUAUAGAA